AUGCUUAGUUCUGCAUUUUGCUUGAAAUGUAAACAUUUGUAUGAUCUGAAAAAACGAAAAGUGUGCACCGGUACUUGCACUCACUCGAUUUGUGAGGAGUGUUACGACAAAAAACUCUCAGGAACAUGUCCAACGUGUGAGAAAGAGCAUGCAUUCGAUGUGAAACUUAUCAAUUGGGCGGCUCUUGAUAUGACCAAAGAGCUAAUCGAAUCCAUUUCGAUUUCUAAUAUGUUGGAUUGGGAAAUUGAUGAGAAGACAGUUGGGGAAGGACCAUGUUCUGAAUGCAAAAACCUGAGCAAAUUACGUGUUUGUGCGGAUUGUGUAAUUCAACAUGGACUUCUCGAAAAAGCAAAAGACGGAGGUGUCGAAUUGUUAAGAGAAACGUCUGAAGAGUUUCUAGAAACUAAAGUUCUUCGAAUCAGAAGUAUUGCAUUGUGUUCUGAUUGUGCACUCGACGGAGGGAAACACAAAGGAGAUGGACACAACUUGAUAUUUAUCACAGCAAUUAAAAAUAUGAAGGACACUUCCGAUGUGCUCAACUUUUUAUCGAAAACUUCACUUGCAAUUCGUAAUAUUAAAAAGGGAUUCGAAGAACAUAACGUGCAGAAGAAAAUGUUGUUGUAUUUCUCUUGGAAUUCUGAAAUUAUUGAAACUUUCGAACGAAUUAAAGUCAAACUUGAACAAAAAAAUGAAGAAGAUACUUCCGAAGAUGUUCAGAUGAUAAUUCAACUCUUCAACACUAUUCUAGAUGGUUUUAUGAAUGGAAUGUGUCACUUUCACAAGAAAAUGAGCAAUAAGGCUUUGGAGAUAACUGGCGACAAGAUGGAGCGAGUCGAAUGCGUCCAAGAAAAGAAUGAACUUAAACAAACGAUGGAGAAGUUGCAAUACUUCGAUGAAUUCUUCCACUCACGAGCUUCGGACUUCAAUGUAAGUUCGAGUGAUGUUGCUAAUUUUAUCAAAUGCGUAGGAGUAUUAUUCGAAAGUGACGAAACAGCCGAGCAGCUUACUUAUUCGGAAGUAGUUCGUGAAAUCUAUGACAUCACUGGAGACAUUAGAAAAGUGAUCAAACUCCCGGCGAAAUAUGAGAAAGUUGCGAAUAUUGCCGGAAGUGUUCUUCAAUUGUUCAUGGCAGACAAGGAGAAGAAAGUUGAAGAUACGGAUCUAGAUUAA